UUAAGAUAAUUAUAUUUAAAAUAAUAAGUUUAUAUUCAAGACUAAGUGGCUAAGAAGAUUCUCAAAAUGGCGACCUCCAGACAAAAUCCCCGUCAAAUUGACGGAAGAGAAGAAACGAUGUUUUCGUCCAUUGCUAGUCAAUUCUUUCAGAUGGUGCCUAUACGGAGAAUUCAGUGGCAGAGUGCAGAUGUGCAGAAAGAGGAGCUAGGUGUUGACCAGCAGCGGAUCCUGUUGUCCCUGACUGUGAGGAGCCAACUUUGCCAGAGUUAUCCCCCUUCCACACAGUACCAGAGGGUGUUCGUCAAGAAACUUCUCAGUCUGCUGGAGGAAUAUGAUGUGGAGAUAUGUGACGACCUGUAUGAGGUAUACACGGAUCUUCUACAACAGCAUGACACAGAGGAGGAUGCGCUUUGUUAUAAGACUUUCUCUCUGGGUGAGGAAGAGUCUGUAACAGUAGUGGAGUCAGUUAACAUGAUCUCAUUUGGAACGACUGGCCUCAGCACUUGGCAGGCAGCCCAGCACAUGGCAGAGUGGGCAUUUCAGAAUAAGAAAGUGCUGGAAAACAGGUGUGUGUUAGAACUGGGCUGUGGUGUGGGUAUGCUGGGAUUGGUCGUAUGCCAGGCGUGUGGGGUCAGCUCCUAUGCAUUUACUGACAACAGCAGCCAUGUCCUCAACCUAGUCGCCCACAACGUCCACCAAAACUUAUCCAGGCACAUAUCGGGACCUUACACUAGCCAUAAUAGGAUUAAAUCUGGCCAGUCAGGACCUGUCAAGCAGGUCAGGCAUUCAAGUGAAGAUGAUGUUCACCAUGUCAGUGCAUGUGGUGGUGAGACUGACCAUACAGAGUGUGAUAGAACAAGACAGGGUUGCAGAAAUAAUUCUGAUGUUGAUGGGGUAGAUGAUUGUGAAAAUAUGAGUACUUCAGUUACAAGUAUUAGUGACUUACAAGAUGGAGAUGAUGGUGCUUUGAAUUUAAAUAGAAAGUAUUGGAAGGAGAUAGGCCAUGAUAUUUUUGCCUAUGAUGCUACAAGAACUGUCAGUGUUGGAAAACUGGAUUGGGAAGCCACUCGUGACCAACUUGAAGAGCCAUACAGGGAUAUAGACAUGGUUCUUGCAGCAGAUGUUGUGUAUGAUGUGCGAGUGAUCCCAGCCCUUGUUCAUGUUCUGAAGACAUUCCUGACCCCGAGUGACGGUCGUAGCCCCUGUGUGGCCUACAUUGCCUCCACCAUCCGCAAUGAGGACACACGAGACCAGUUCCUCAUUGCCCUCAGUGCAGAGGGGCUUUGCUACACACCAUGUGAGUCACCAUCAAGACAGCUUUUCCACUAUGACAACUCAGUACCAAUAGAAAUCAUCAAGGUCACUGCUUAAAGGACAGGGUUUCAAUGUCACUGUGUUUCAAGGUGACUGCGGAAUGACAGUGUUUCAAUGUCACUGUGUUUCAAUGUGACUGCGGAAUGACAGUGUUUCAAUGUGACUGCUUGAAUGACAGUGUUUCAAUGUCACUGCUUGAAUGACAGUGCUUCAAUGUCACUCCACAGUGACUGCUGAAGAACAGCAUUUCAAUGUCACUGCUUAAAUGACAGUGUUUCAAUGUCACUGUGCAUUGACUGCUAAACGACUGUGUUUCAAUGUCACUGCUUGAAUGUCAGUGUUUCAAUGUCACUGCUUGAAUGACAGUGUUUCAAUGUCACUGUGCCGUGACGGCUGAAGGACACUUUUUCAAUGUCACUGCUUGAAUGACAGUGUUUCAAUGUCACUGUGCGGUGACGGCUGAAGGACAGUGUUUCAAUGUCACUGCUUGAAUGACAGUGUUUCAAUGUCACUGUGUGGUGACUGCUGAAGGACAGUGUUUCAAUGUCACUGUGCGGUGACUGCUGAAGGACAGUGUUUCAAUGUCACUGUGCGGUGACUGCUGAAGGACAGUGUUUCAAUGUCACAGCUUGAAUGACAGUGUUUCAAUGUCACUGCUUGAAUGACAGUGCUUCAAUGUCACUCCACAGUGACUGCUGAAGGACAGUGUUUCAAUGUCACAGCUUGAAUGACAGUGUUUCAAUGUCACUGCUUGAAUGACAGUGCUUCAAUGUCACUCCACAGUGACUGCUGAAGAACAGCGUUUUUAAUGUCACUGCUUGAAUGACAGUGCUUUAAUGUCACUCCACAGUGACUGCUGAAGAACAGCGUUUUAAUGUCACUGCUUGAAUGACAGUGUUUCAAUGUCACUGUGCGGUGACUGCUGAAGGACAGUGUUUUAAUGUCACUGCUUGAAUGACAGUGUUUCAAUUUCACUGUGCGGUGACUGCUGAAGGACAGUGUUUUAAUGUCACUGCUUGAAUGACACGUGUUUCAAUGUCACUGUGCGGGUGACUGCUGAAGGACAGUGUUUUAAUGUCACUGCUUGAAUGACAGUGUUUCAAUUUCACUGUGCGGUGACUGCUGAAGGACAGUGUUUUAAUGUCACUGCUUGAAUGACACGUGUUUCAAUGUCACUGUGCGGGUGACUGCUGAAGGACAGUGUUUUAAUGUCACUGCUUGAAUGACAGUGUUUCAAUUUCACUGUGCGGUGACUGCUGAAGGACAGUGUUUUAAUGUCACUGCUUGAAUGACACGUGUUUCAAUGUCACUGUGCGGUGACUGCUGAAUGACAGUGUUUCAAUGUCACUGUGCGGUGACUGCUGAAUGACAGUGUUUCAAUGUCACUGCUUGAAUGACACGUGUUUCAAUGUCACUGUGCGGUGACUGCUGAAUGACAGUGUUUCAAUGUCACUGUGCGGUGACUGCUGAAUGACAGUGUUUCAAUGUCACUGUGCGGUGACUGCUGAAGGACGGUGUUUUAAUGUCACUGCUUGAAUGACAGUGUUUUAAUUUCACUGCUUGAAUGACAGUGUUUUAAUGUCACUGUGCGGUGACUGCUGAAGGAUGCUGUUUUAAUGUCACUGCUUGAAUGACAGUGUUUCAAUUUCACUGUGCGGUGACUGCUGAAGGACAGUGUUUUAAUGUCACUGCUUGAAUGACACGUGUUUCAAUGUCACUGUGCGGGUGACUGCUGAAGGACAGUGUUUUAAUGUCACUGCUUGAAUGACAGUGUUUCAAUUUCACUGUGCGGUGACUGCUGAAGGACAGUGUUUUAAUGUCACUGCUUGAAUGACACGUGUUUCAAUGUCACUGUGCGGUGACUGCUGAAUGACAGUGUUUCAAUGUCACUGUGCGGUGACUGCUGAAUGACAGUGUUUCAAUGUCACUGCUUGAAUGACACGUGUUUCAAUGUCACUGUGCGGUGACUGCUGAAUGACAGUGUUUCAAUGUCACUGUGCGGUGACUGCUGAAUGACAGUGUUUCAAUGUCACUGUGCGGUGACUGCUGAAGGACGGUGUUUUAAUGUCACUGCUUGAAUGACAGUGUUUUAAUUUCACUGCUUGAAUGACAGUGUUUUAAUGUCACUGUGCGGUGACUGCUGAAGGAUGCUGUUUUAAUGUCACUGCUUGAAUGACAGUGUUUUAAUUUCACUGCUUGAAUGACAGUGUUUUAAUGUCACUGCUUGAAUGACAGUGUUUCAAGGUCAUUGCUUAUAAGACUUGAGUUUCAUAUCACUGCUAGAAGGGCACUAUUGACAUUUUAUCAAAGUUCUUAUAUUUAUCAAACAUCAAGGUCACAGCUGGUCUCUUGCCUUGUAUGUGGUGCAAUAUAUAAUUAAAAGUUGUAUUUAAUAUGUGUAAUUGUGCUUCUUUCUAAUCUUAUGACCAUUUCUGACCAUUUCAAAUAGGUCAUUUUAUUAAUCUCUAGUUCAGUGUUGUCCAGGCCGUUGUGCCUCUAAACUGGGUUUGCACUUGAAUGUUUUACUACUGGGCUUGUCCUUGUAGUUGUCAUUGUAUGUAAACCAUUGUAAAUACCAUUGAAAAAUAAGUAUGAAUUCAAACAUGCAUGUAUUUCACUGUCCAAUGCAAAACAAUAAGGUUUGUCUUUCUUAACAUUGUAAUAGUAGGUAUAAGAAUUAUGUGGUAUGAAGUUAUGAACACAUGGAGAUCAACAUUUUAGGAACAUUUGUAGCAAGAAAAAUCUCAUUUAUAAAACUCUGUUGUAUCUGGAUUAGGAAUAAAUGCAUACGAGUUUAUGUUCUUUAACAUUUCUAUUUAUGAUUGUGUCUAUAAAGGUUCUAUUUUAAUAAUUGGUAUGUAUAAUCAUAUUCAAUGAAAUGCUAUUGAAGAGACCUAGUUCACUGUACCUUUUGAAAGCUAAAACUAAGUAUAUUUUUAACCAUGAUCGAUCAUUUAUGUAAUAUACCAAGUGCUAGUAGACAUUGAACAUGCUUUUCCAGUGUUUGUCACUAUCUUGUAGACUCUUAAUGGUGCUUUGUUGUGAAAUUUGCUUACUGUUCAUCAUGUGUAUUGAAUUGAUACAUCUUUGUCAAGGAAAUAAACUUGAGCUGUUAGAAAGUGA